GUGAAUUUCAUUAAAAAAUUUUGAUUGUUGUUUCAGGGCAUGCUCCCAGUUAUUAUAGCAGAGUACCUAGACAUGACUUAUCGCACGAUAAUGAUAUUGAAAUGGACACCCUGGCACACACCGAUCAAAGUGAUGCAUCUUUGUACCUACGAUCAGAAGAGACACAUUUCCAGAUAACGCCUGUAAGAGCCGAACUUCCCUUACCGAUAGAUCAACAAGUAAGGGCAGAACUCUCUCAACAAUGUCCGACAAAUCAUUUGGACGCAUUGGUAAACUCCGAACAGGCUGGAAGAAUAAAAUCCUGGAAUGAGAAACGCAAAGACAUUUGCAAAUGCAGAUUACCCAAUCAGUGUAAAUGCAGUAAAUUCACAUUUCCAGAAGAUAUUCAUAUAGACAAAUCUGAUAAAUAUAUCCUAGAAGUUGCAACAAACAUAUGUCAUGAACCAAUCCCAUUGUUCGAAAGUCUAGGUCUAUCGGAUGCUGUUAUAUACCAGGAGAGCAACACACGGGACAUAGACCCGGAAAAGAUAUUUUAGAAAACUUUAGUUAUUAAUUUAUUACAUAAGUGGGUAGAACUUAAAACCACACCCACUACAUUAAGACAAUUAUCAUUAUCACUAUGUGCAGCCAAUUUUCAUAGUAUAAAUGAGAAACUAUAUAAUUUAAUUAUUAGUAAUGAUUCGUCAUAGCUGUAUAUGUGUGUUUGAUGUAAUUUUAGUAAAAUUUUGCUUUUAUAAUGAAAUGUUUGAUGCAAAUAAACUAAUAUUUAUAA